UAUCGCGACCGCGAACCAGCAGGAAGAGGGAGGAGGGAGGGAGUUCCACCACGACCGUGAACCAACAGGUGAGUCGGCAGCCAUGGCACGCCCAGAUCUACCUUCCUUUGGCAAUCGUCGUCGAUCUCCUGUGCUCCUAGCGCCGGAUCUCUCCGCCGCAUCCUCCUCAUCCGCGUCGCAAACCCUCGUCCAAUCCACCAAUCCCGCGACCAAGGUAGGCAUCCGGCCUGGUUCUCGAUCGAUUCCGCGUCGGCCUUCGUUCAAGCUGGACCACCCGCUUGGUGGACAGUGGGAGAAGCAAGCUGGUCGACCUCCUGAAAACCCUCAGAAUCUCCAAGGUUUUGGAGAGCAGAACUUCCCUUACCAACCAACUCGAGGGUUCCUCCCAGUUUUUUGCAGAGGAUCUGGGCCUAAUACUUGAGACCCUCACUGUAUCUUGUAUGAUUCCAGAUGUUCAGGUGUAUCGCACUGCAUGCUACACAAGUCAAUUUUGCAGGUUGCUCUGAAAUGCGCUGAGUUAGAUACAGCCGCCUGUCUGCGGCAAUUUCUUGCUCUUGGUGCAAAGAAAGAGACUAUAUUCUUCAAAUGACUCCCCAAUGUUGGGGACCUCAGUCUCUAGAUUCUGAGAAGCAAGGGCGUUGCAUGAUGGAAGCAGCAUACCUAGGCAGCCCAAUGCUGGUCUACUACUUGAAGACGUCAAGAAGGAGGCUGCUGAUUAUUCCGACAUUGAUGGCUUGAAUGGACCGAAACUGUUUGGAUCAGGAAAAAGGACAUCGCUGGAUGGUGGUUCAGGUAGGAGGGCGGCAAGAUCAGUGUUGACUCUGGUCAUGCUGGAGGACGAUAUGCCACGAGAAGGAGAAACAACUUCUACAACGUUUGCAUCCCUUCUUGAUUCAGCGAUACAAGGAUUGAUGCCCUUCCCGGACGUGAUUUUACAAUUUGAGAGGACAUGUAGAAACGCUUCAGAGUCACUAAGGUAUGUCGCCAGAGGAAACAUUCGGAUGGUGGAGGAUAAACUUAUGCGGCAAAAAGCAAAACUAUUACUGGUUGAAGCUGCUUCUUGGUCCCUUCUUUGGUACCUCUAUGGGAAAGCAAAUGAAGAGCUUCCUGAAGGACAAUUCAUGUCACCAACUACAUCCCAUUAGGAGGCUUGCCGCUAUGUUGCAAUGGAUCUUACAACACAAUUGUGUCCGCGGAUUGUACUUUGGCUUGAAGGACUUUAGUCUUUUCUAUUUCCUCUUUGAUACGUGGGAGCCCUAUAGUGGAACAUGAUUGAUUGAUUCCUUUAGUAAAAGAAUUAGCAAAGUAAAUAGAUACAUCUCUCCAUGAUAUGUUAACUUAAAUAUUUGAGUUGAAAGGUAUUAAGCUACAAUGUACUCGCUCUGAACACGAAUAUAGAAGGCACAAUGAUCAACAUGGUACUAGAAUUGUCUAAAUUGCCCCUAAUUAAUAUUUGUCAAUACAUUCAAUGCAACUGCUCUUUGUUCCACCAUCACCUAAUAGCACCAGCAGCAUCAAAUAAUCCGUGAAAGGAAAGUGACACUUGCAUGCAUGUAUGUGAAGUAGACAAGCAAUGAGUGUACCGCCUAGAGGUGCUUCUUUCUCUACUCCUAUCUAUUUACCAAUAUAAAUCUCUAUGCCUUUCAAGUGUUGUAAUUUGCUAGAGGUUGCUCUUUUCGCCUCUGCAUCACUAGCAUUGUUGCUCAAAACAUGUAAUUAGAGAUCAUUUGACCCAUUUGAAGAUCAAAUUUAUAAUUAGAGACCAUUCUUGAAGAUCUUCAUGAUUUAGAAUGUUAAAUUUGACAUGUUGAUGAUUUCAUCUUGUAGGUUGCCACGCGGAUGCUCUUUGGACUACGAUAUGGACAUGAAGGCAUUUGUUUUAGUGCCAAAUAUUACUUACUAAAGCCCGCAAAGUAUCCUUGUGUAUUAUAUUUGCUACGGAGCUAUGUAUGUAUGGAUGCUAUGGAACUAUAUGUAUAUAUGGAUGCUAUGGAAUUUUGGAUGUA